GUCACGUGACUAUUGCGGAAGUCACAACAUUUUUCUCCACUGCGGAAGGGACGCGCCUUCUUGACUUUUCUUGUUUUGAAAUGGACAUUAAAUAGUAAAAGAAAAACGAAGAGGUUGUAUGUUUACCAUUUUAUCUUAGACGAAUCUGUUUUCUUGAUUUAAUUGAUUCUUAAGGCAGCACAUAAUGGGAGGAGGCAAUUUACAGAAAGCUAUAGAUCUUGCCAACAAAGCAUCUGAAGAGGACAAGGCCAAAAACUAUGAAGAGGCCCUCCGCUGCUAUCAAGCUGCUAUACAGUACUUCCUACAUGUUAUAAAAUAUGAAGCGCAGGGAGACAGAGCCAAACAGAGUAUCCGGGAGAAAUGUGCAGAAUACCUGGACAGAGCAGAACAGCUGAAGCAGUACAUAAAGCAGAAGGAGUCCGCACCUCCCGCCAAACCAGUCAAAGAGUCGGACAAUAAGGGAAGUGAAAGUGAUGAUGAAGACUCUGAGAAAAAGAAGUUUAAAAAUCAACUCUCCGGUGCUAUUGUCAUGGAAAAGCCCAAUGUUAAAUGGAAUGAUGUGGCUGGACUAGAAGGAGCCAAAGAAGCUCUAAAGGAGGCUGUCAUUUUACCAAUCAAAUUCCCCCAUUUGUUCACAGGAAAGCGUACUCCGUGGAGGGGCAUCCUUUUGUUUGGCCCGCCAGGGACAGGGAAGUCAUAUCUGGCUAAAGCAGUGGCCACAGAAGCCAAUAACUCAACCUUCUUCUCCAUCUCCUCCUCCGACCUGGUCUCCAAGUGGCUGGGGGAGAGUGAGAAGCUAGUGAAGAACCUUUUCUCUUUGGCUCGAGAACACAAACCGUCUAUAAUCUUCAUCGAUGAGAUUGACUCUUUGUGUGGCUCCAGGAGUGAGAACGAGAGUGAAGCUGCUCGAAGGAUCAAGACAGAGUUUCUGGUCCAAAUGCAGGGUGUUGGAAAUAAUAAUGAGGGAAUCUUGGUUUUGGGAGCUACAAAUAUCCCUUGGACUCUGGACUCUGCCAUCAGAAGAAGGUUUGAAAAGCGUAUCUACAUCCCUUUACCGGAGGAACACGCUCGCUCGUUCAUGUUCAAGCUGCACCUGGGCUCCACGCCCAAUAAUUUAACCGAGGAGGACUUUAUGACUCUGGGCAAAAAGACAGAGGGAUAUUCAGGCGCAGACAUCAGCAUCAUUGUGAGAGAUGCUCUCAUGCAGCCAGUCAGGAAGGUCCAGAUGGCUACACACUUCAAAAAGGUACAGGGCUCGACCUGGAAUAACCCCGAUGUCGUGGUGGAUGAUCUCCUGACCCCCUGUUCACCUGGAGACCCCAACGCCAUCGCCUUGACGUGGGUUGAUGUGCCUGGAGACAAACUAUUGGAGCCUGUGGUCUCUAUGUCUGACAUGCUGCGCUCUUUGGCCAACACAAAACCAACUGUAAACGAACAGGACCUGGGGAAACUGCAGAAGUUCACUGAGGACUUUGGUCAAGAAGGAUGAACGGGUAUCACUGACACAACUGAUGGUUAAAGGAAUUCUGUAAAAGAAAAUUGUAUUAUUCUAAUAACUUACUAAAUAUAAUGUUUACAUAUGUUUCAUUUUUUAUGUUUUGGUUGAUUUUACCUUAAAUUAAUAAUUUGGGUGAAAGCACUUUUAGUAACACUUCACCAACACUCAUAAACUCUUUUUAAAUGAAGUCUUAUCUUUAUGCUGAAGCUGUCACAAAUGACUAUAUUUCGUUAUACAUUUUUCAGUGUUUGUAAUUGGGGGUAUCUGUUACUGCCAGUAUGAAUAUACAAAAUGCGAAAAUUUCAGUUAAUGUUUGCACUAUUGCAUUAUUAUGUUAUAAUAUUCUUCUUUGUCCAAAGUUAUUACUCAAUUGUGAACUCAAAUUCACUUUCCACUUGUCCAGAUGUGUGUGUUGUACUUGACAUGUUUGGUCUGGGGGUUCAAUAAACAAGCAUUGUUAAAUU